AUGACUAUCUCCACCGCAGACUGGGAAAAGAAAUGGCGACUCAUGAUAGACAAAGACAAUAACAAAAAGAUCCAAAAUGAGAUUUUCGGUGAAAAUUUAAGGGAUAAGAAGGAGUGUGAAGAGUCUAUUGAGUGCACAUUUCAGCCAAAUUUAACUAAAUCAUAUCAACCGGGAUACAGGCCCAAGAGGAGCAAGGACGCGCUUGUGCAGCUUCUGCUCCCAAUAAUAAGCGAUGAGGAGUCGAUCUUAAUGGAGUUAAGGCGGAUAGAGCGCGAGGAGGAAAACCGCAGGAGGGAGUUGCGGGACGUCAUAGUCUCAAGCUUCAGCAGGUUCCCCGGCAAAAGCACCGACCACUUCCUCGACUUCUACCGAGAAGAGCGUCUUAACGACAUUUGCAGCGCGAAGAACCUGAAGCUCGAAGUGGUGGGCAAACUUCAGGAGUUGGAGCGCAGGUUCAACGUCCUAUGCACCAGUGAGUCCAUAAGUGCCUCUGAGUUAAAGCGGGUGGGCUUCGACAUUGAAAAGUGCAAGAGUAUCAAGAAGGAGCUUCUCAGGUCGCUAGACAACCACGAAAGUCUCAAGAGCCGUUGCAGAGUUUCCAGGGAGUUUGACGAGAUCGUGAGAAGCCUAGACCGCCAGAGACGCUCAAAAUCGUACGGCAUUGCCGAGGGCCGCAGUCAGCGCGACAGCCACAACGGCAAUGGCACCAAUCUCCACUCCGACCAAAAUGCCAUCAAAAUGAAUCACGGCGUCCUUAAUAAUAAAACUAUAUCUGAAGACUACCACAAGGGUCAAAAGGGCAACAAAACCCAGAAUUACGCCAACGUUGACAAUCACUAUGGCAGUCCAAGUUUGAGCAACCCAUAUUUCAACAAUGUGGACACCAAUAAGCUCUACAACGGUGGUAAUGGCCAGUAUCAGAGUCCACAGAUGAGCCACCAAAACCCUUAUUUCAAUCAGAUCAGAAGUAAUCCACCGAACUACCAGUUGGUUGACAACUACUUGGACAGAAAUCGUCUCAACAACCAGUGGAUCUCUGGGUACCAAAUGGCCAAUCAACCACCAAUGUACAGUCCACAGAACGGCCAACACAGGGAAAUCAAAGGUCUGCUUAACCGAUAUCCAAUUAGCCCUAGAUCACCAUUGGCCAAUCAACCCCCAAUUUACAGUCCAAUGGCCAAUCCAAUAAAGAAUCAAUCACCAAUGGCCAAUCCUAUAAAGAAUCAAUCACCAAUUUCCAAUCCAAUAAAGAAUCAAUCUCCAACGAGCAGUCAAUUUAGCAACCAACAACUGAUUAUGGGCCCAAAACUUAGCCGUAACCUACAAGAACCUGUUAAGCACACCUACGGACUCAAUAGGCCUAGGUACCCAGGAAUUCCCUCUUCAAAUGGUCACUUAACGACCAACUUAAACUAUCAUAAAGGCAACUUAGGUAACUAUAGGCAAUUUCCUAGGAUGGAACACACAAAUCCAUUCCUUGUUAAAUAA